AGUAAUGCAAUAUCGGGGAUGCCAACUGCUAUAAAACCUCAAAGAAGGAGAAACAUAACAGAUAGACUUGUGUGAGUCCAGUCGUUUAGGUUUGGACUUUACUCCAACAAACGCAAACAGUCUACAGGAGCAGGCAGGAUGUCCCUGACCAUGACCAAGGGUGAUGGAGUCACUGUAUUCACUAUGACCUCUGACCCACAUAGUCCAUGGCCUCCACUGUGCCAAAUCCUCAAGGGCCUUUGCUACAGCCUUGAGUGCUGCUCUGUGUCUCAGCACCUGAGGAGGGUCCAGACUUCUCAGUCAGUACUGGGGGCUGUACAGAUUAUGGUCGGGUUACUCAACAUCGGCCUUGGAGCGAUCCUCUGUAGCAGUCAUGGUGGCUUUUCAUGGCCGAUGAAUGAAGUCUACUUUCCUUUUUGGCUCGGAGGAUUGUUUAUAUUAUUUGGUACCAUGAGCAUUUUGUCUGAGAAGUUUCCCAGUCCAUGUCUGGUCCUCCUCAGUGUGAUUCUGAAUCUGGCAGGAGUUGCUUUUGCCAUUGCAGCCAUCGUACUCUACAGCAUCAGUGUAGCAAACAACUAUUUGUGGUGGUUGUGUGAUCGUAACUAUUAUUAUGACUACACUACACCAAGUCCAGCUUCUGAGGAGAAGGCCCUGAUAGAUAAAUGCUUGGAGGGCAAAGCAUUGGUUCUGAUGCUUGUAAGAAGUAUUGAUGCUGUGCUGGUUGUCCUGUCAGCCCUGGAGCUCUGCGUUGUCAUUAGCUCUGCCGUCUUGGGGCUCAAAGCGCUGAGGAGCAGUGAGAAGACAGAAAACAAGAGCGUCGGGGACCCAGAACACUACCAACCACUGCUAGAGGAAGUUACCACUAACCCUGUAGCCUGAAUGAAAAUCUCUCACUUUCAGUUAGCAGGAGCUAUAAUCCUGUGGAAUUUAUAUCAUUUAUCGUGUGUACUGUAACUUCAGUGAUUCUCACAAUUUCUUCUGGCAUGGUCUAACUUCUGGUCUUUUCCUACAAGGGUUGCUCUUAUAUUUUUGAGUAUUUUUGGUAAUAAUAUGUGUUAAUUUGUAUAUGCUACUUUCAUUCUUGGUUGUUUUUUUAAAAACAGUUCCUGUUGAUUGGGAUUUUCUGUCAAAAUGUGCCUUACAGUCCAUUUGUAGAUAGAAGGGCAGUUCCUGUAAUUGUCUGUGACAUUGAUUGACUGUUUGCUAUUGUACAAAAUUAAGCCAAUAAAUAAAUAAAUAAAUGAGAAAUGAA